AUGGGGCCAUCGACCUUUCCUACCCUACCUCAGCCACAACAAGUGAUCAGCACUACUUUUGGUACCGAGGGAUGCUUUGCGAUCGGUGAUUACUAUGACAAAGGUGCCGACCACUUCAUGGAGAACGGUUCCCAACCGGUAGCGACUAAAGUGUGUGUGUCGCCCCAUCUAUUAGCCGAUGCCAUUCUGGACUCUGGUGCUGGUAGAUGCUACGGACAAGCACGAUAUCUGAGGUGGUUGGCUACCCAAAAGGGCGUCGAGAUAUCCUGGAACGAGGGUGCUGGUGUCAACGCUGUCGGUCCGGUGGGAAACAGUCUCAACGUCAGUGGUACGUGCAACUUGGCAAUUUGGCCGCAACAGCAACAACGACGAGAGUGUAGUAAGUACAAGGUCAAGAUCAAAGUCUACGUUGUAGAAAAUCUCAUCCCACAGCUCAUCAUUGGUGUCAGUGGUCUACGUCUGUUACGUGUAGGACUGAUAUUCGGCCCGGAUGGCAUCCAAGGAUACUCUGCCUUGGCGGCUCCCGAUCAAGAAGAGACAGAAGAUGGUCAUGUCGUGAGCAAAUACGUUGCCGAAGUCGGUGAGGCCGAGGCCAUCAAUGUUUGUUCUCGCCAUCCACACAACAGAGUCAACUCUCACAGCAACGACGAUCUGACCUGCCUCUUCGACUCGGUCAACUACAUUGAGAUAAAGGAGAGUCCCACAGACGACUACACACAGGAUUUGCUCAUACCAGCACAGGUGUCAGUGCAAGUUCAUCCUUCAUUGUCAGUUAGAUCUAUCACCAAAUCUCUCACCAAAGGAGAAGGUCUAUCAUUGGAACAAGCUCUGGAACAUCCAUUGGGUACAUUUCGUGGCUUGAUGGUAGAGUCAGAGAACUCCGAUGAGGACAACAUCACAUAUCGAGCUCUACACGACUUCAACUGGACAACCAGGCCAGCUCCGUCCGAGAACAACAAAGCUGCAGCAGAGAGACAUGCUCGGAAGCUCUUCGCCAGUCUCACGAAGAAGAAGAUUCAAGAGGCCUACACCGAUGUUAUUCAUCAAUACCACAAGCUGGGCCAUAUCGAGAAGAUUCUGCCAGCAGAGGUAAGCUGCUUCCACUAUACCCCUCACUUUCCAGUCGAGAAGCCUGGGAGCAACAGAUCUACUCGUAUUCGACCGGUGUAUGAUUGGAGGAGAUGCAACCCGCUCCAGAGACUACCACCCCCACAAGAUACGACUACGUGGCCUAGUCUAUCAACAACUCGUCUCUACCCAUGGGUAGCAUGGAGCGACUUGAAGAAUGCCUACCUCUUCGACAGAACCCCAAAGGCUACGAGGAAAGCUCAUGGUUUCAUGAUCUACGAGAUGGACGAGGAUGGGUCGGCUACGCUACAGCAUUACCACUUCAGGGGUCUCCCUAUGGGUUCGAGCUCCUCUGCUUCAGCGUUGCAGACAACAACGGGUAUCCUAAUAGAGCUUGCUAACGAACGGUCGGCUAGCGAGCUCUCAAACGGUGCCGACACUGCAGAUACACCUAUAUGGAAUGUUCUGGUCGACAACGUGGUCAACGAAGAAGAGCUUCAAGGUCUACCGGUGGAGAAGUUGUACGGUCCGAGUCCUACUGCCAAGGCCCUAGCUGAUGUCCUGAAGAGGCUUGAUGAGCGUGCUCGUACCACAACUUCACCAGAAGACGACAAGUGCCAAGUCAAAGAAGCCUACAGCGCAGUGAAUAUGCGUUGGAAUACGUUAUGGAAGAGCGGCUGCAAUCGAGUGAAGUUCGUCGAUGAUGUGACCACCGGUGCCCAGUCGAAGGCUAUCUUAUCAUCUCUACGAGAAGACGAGAAGACCUGCGCUGCUAGGAUCGGCCACACCUUCAACGAGGUCAAGGAGAAAAGAAGUGAUGAUGAUACGAGUGCUGAAGGCUUUGGACUGAUAUGGACGAGUGCACUGGAUGGAGAUCAACUAAAGCCCAAGAAGGUGAACGUCCCCGUGCUGUCAAAGGAGGCGACUGAUCCUAUGCGACUGACGGUUCGUAAUGUCCUGUCUCUACUUCAUCAAGCUUACGAUGUUAUUGGUAUUCUCACAUGGUGCCUACUGCCAAUCAAGCUGAUACUACGAGAGUGCUACACCAAACGACUCCAGUAUGAUGAUCCAGUUACAGCUCAACAGUCGAAGGAGACGAUCAAGGCCAUCCAGCAGUUCAACAG